AUGCUGGACAUGUUGAGAUUCUUAGGCGUGCUUGAGAGCUUAGAGGCUUCCUUCUUGUUGGAAUACAUGAUUACCAGACUGUCAGUGCUAAAAGAGAUCACGUCAUGUGACAUUUCGUUGGUGGUUCAUGGGACAGUAGCUGAGAGCGGUAAUUUUCAAAAGGAGGAAGAUAAUCUGUAUGCUGUACCAAAAACCAUGGGAAUCUUCCAGAUUCUGGAAAGCCCUCUUGAUAUCACAACUUCCACCAUAAUCAGGAGGAUUGUAGCGAACCAUGAAGCUUAUCCCACAACGCCACUGGCAUAG